CAGUUUUCGAGUUACUUUCAAAGCGUUUGGUUGCCUACACGGAGGUGACAACGCGCACGUAGUGCAAAUUUUGCUUAUAGCAGACAAGCAGACAAGCUGGCGAUUUGUAAAUUGCAUUUGCAUUUGCAAAAAGUUCUAUUUUGUUGUUUGUGCACACCCCUGUAAGUGGUGGUUCAACAAAAUUUCAUAGCGCAAAAGUGCUUACGCGGCGGUUCCAUAGUGAAUUCGAAUUUUAUAGUGUGUUGAGCGAAAUGAGGGAAAAAUAAAUAAAGCGAGCAGAGUGUGCGGCGCAGCAACGUAUAUUGCUUACAAAUCACUAUUAUUUCAUUCUUUUUAGUGUGAGCUUUUAAAGCGGUAAUCGGCGGAGGAACGCCGCAAAACCUGCUAGCAGCGUGUUUGUGCCAGAGCCAGAGUUGUUUGUAUUACGGGGCGUAUACGCAACGUUUAGUGUUCUAGUCGCAGCUGUAAUCAAAGUAGCGUGUGAAUAUGCUGACAGAUUCGUAUUAGGCGCAAUAACUACAAAUUUAAUCAAAAUAUUUCGUAUUUUACGUAGAAAAUUAGUGUUGAUUUUAAUUGGUUGUCUUCAUUGUGUGUCUAAUAUGCAGGAAUUUGUGGAUUAAAAAUUUUAUUAAAAGGAAUGCUAACAAACUGAAAUAUUGCUGUGCUUAACUGAAAAUCAGAAAACCAGUUACUUCCAGCUUUGUGCCAAAUAAGCUGAAAAAUACAAACAAAUAUGUAACAAACACGCUCAUCAAAUGCACACACAUAUUGAAAAUUAAUUUUCGGAUAUGGAAGUUUAUGGUGACGUCUACUGCGGACGCAAAUAAUGAAACCUUCAACAAAAGAAGAAACAAUCACAAAGGCACGCAUUUCCAUUGCAUAGCCACAGGCGCAUGAACAUGAUGUGAACAUUUUUAAGAAGAAUAUGAGUGGAAAAGCAUUUUUGCAUGCACACAUCAACAUAAUAAUUAAAAUCACAGAAAAUAUAUUAACUCCAAUAAAAACAGCAACAAUAAGAGCUUAUUUCGCACGCUUAAAUACAUGUUGAAUGCGCCUUUCGUCGGUGUUGUCGUCUAAAUGAAGUUAACAAUCUGUCAAAUUGGUAAAUUAUUUCUGCUGCUGACAGCUUUCUUCCUACUCCUCGAUUCCCAACAGUUAGUGGGUGUGCAUUGUAUCGUCGAAAAAGUUGCAAUUGAACGUUUGAAUGCAUUGGAUGCUGACACCACAGGUGAGCUGACAACGGUGACUGCAAUAGAAGAAGCACAAAACACCACAAACGCAAACGUGACAGCUGUCAGGGCAGUGAUAGUUGAUAAGGUUUGCACUCAAAAUAACAAAAACAACCACAGCCAGAAACGUGGUCAAAAUAAUAGUGGCCAGACCUUUGAUAUUUGUGUUGAAGAGCAAAGUCAGCCGCAAGAAAACGCAAGAAACUCAGGCGUCCUAACAACGGCAGAGUCACACACGAUAUUUGAGUACACUAUUACGACAACAAAAGCCACCACGUCAAAGCGGGACUACUUGCUGUAUGCCCCAAGUAUUGGACAACACCGUGUCGACGCAUUAAUGAGCACAGCGGAAUCAGCUGAGUUGCAACAGUCACGCGCUGAGGCACAAGAUGUGGCGCAAACGCACAAAUUAAUUACAACAACACCAACCAACCAGUUAGUGGAUGUAAUAGCAGGAACAGCAACUGUAGCAACAACAAAACAGGAAAGUGUUGGCAAACUUUCAGGUGGGAAAAAUGUUGCAGAUAACGACACGACAAGCGAACGACGAAAUCAGCAAAAAAUGUUAUUUAACAUGGAACAACAGCGACUGCAACAAUUACAAGGCAGCGAGCAGGCAAGCAAACAGCAACAAGUGCAAACACAAGCGCAGCGACAACACCAAAAAGAGCAAAUACAUCGACCGCGACAGCAAUUCGACCCAAUACAGCAGCCAUUAGCAACAAAAGCAACAACAGAAAACCACACAACAACAACGCUUAGCACAAGUCAAGCACGCGCUCACUUAUCCACCGAAAUGAAGAAGUUGCUGAAGUUUCCAACCAAAAUGGCACAGCAACAGCUGCCAAAACAACAACAACAACAGCAGCAGCAGCGACAAAAAUCAGCAAAUAAGGAGAAUGGAUCUAAAAUGCAACUACAACAAGAAGACGCAAAACCGGAAAUACGCAAGCAGCGCAAACGAAAGCCACUUGAAGUCGUACUGCGACAACAACAAAAGCUACAACAACAACAUUCGGCACAACCACAAUUCUUCACUUUAAAGCCACUGCCAACACGAAGCCGACAACCACAACAAAACGGCACAGUAUGGCAACAGCAUGUGGACGAACAGCUGCAACAGGAUGCACAGCACGUGCCCGAGUAUGAACCGCUGCGACAACAACCGUUGCAUUCCACCGUACGCCAUCAACAUGUAGGCGUUUUAAUUCCAUCCCGCAUUUUGGACGUGUUGCAUGUACAGCAGGGCUUUUACAACUUUCUGGAUUUCUUUCAUGUCAAUCUGCAAAAUGUCAGUGUCGAUUUUAUACGUGAUGACGAUUUAAGUGGCUUCAUUAAACUGCUCGAACAUCCGAAAUAUACGACUGUGGUGAAAACCUUAAAUACCGGGAUUAAUCUCGCUGACGACGAGUUGGCGCUGAAUGGGAAAUUAUCAGCAGCAACAUGGCCAAGUCAACGGCAAUCACAUCAACAGCGGCAGCAACAGCAAUCUGUAACACCAGCACAGCUUAAUAAUGCAACAGCGGCUUUCUCGAAGGUUGGCGAAAUGAAAAAGUCAUCAACGUCAAAUAAUGCGCCACUUGUCGCCUACUGUCACUUGACUGAGCAGCUGUCACAAGAGUUUAAUAAAACAGUACUUGUUUGGCCGUGUCCGCGAAUGAAGGAAUCUAGCAAUUUUCUACCCUCAUUUGAAGCGAUUUCCUAUGCUGUGAAAAGCAUUGCGACAAAACUUAAUUGGACUCAUGUUGACAUUUAUGUUGGCGAUGAAAAUUGGGGUAUGCCACUUGCCAUAGCGGCAAACUUACAUGUGUCAUAUAAAAUUGAAAUUGCUGACGACAUACGUGAUCUGCAUGCACACGAUAAAAUUGGUAAAGCGAUCAUAAUCACGGCGGACAUGAAUGAUGCCAGCACAUUACAAUUGCUGACACAGUUGGUGGGCCUGCAACACACCAAAGUGCUGCUCAUCGAUGUGGUGGCCACGUCCUUUAAUGCGCAGAAUAAUUUCUACAAAAAUUUGGCGCGCAUUAACGGCAGCGCCGAACUAAUGUCCAAUUUGCUGCUACUCACAGUGCUGAGUGAUAAGUACCGUUAUUUUCUGAAGGUCGCCUUCGAAGACAACGGCAUUGGAUUAGUGCAGAAUUUCCGGCAAAUGCGACGUUGGAAGGCAAUGACAACCGAUGGCCAGCUGGGUGGCGAAGCGGCUAUGCUCAAUUGGCCAAUGCACUUGGAUAGAUCAGUUACACGUGCGCUGCAAGAGCACGAAGAGGCUAUGGCUGCGGAGGCAAUCGUAAGCAAUAAUGACAAAACUGCAACGACUACGAGCACAACAACUGUGCAGCCGACGCGUGACACAUUGGCGGCCUUCGAUGAAUGUCCACAGCUGAGUGGGCUUAAUUUUGUCGAGAUCUGUCCGAAUAUUGAAAAUGUAACAGGGCAUUGCGUGCAGUUUUUGCAACAAAAUCACAAUGACAAUAAUACUACACGUAACGGCAAUUUGUUGCAACAGCUGCGCACGUUGCUAAAACAACUAUGCCACAUACAUCCGGUCACCGGACAUACCCACGCUGAACAAGCGCGCAUUGCCAAUUUACGGAAUUUCAUAGACUUUUUUCAUUUUUACGAUUUUAUAAUUACCAAUGUGCGGCAACAGCUAGCGGUGACGCCAACAAAACCAAAUUCAAGCAAAAUAAAGCAAUCAAAUACGGCAUCAACCACAACGCAAAAUAGAAAUCGAAACGAUAGUGCCGGUGCUGCUGGUAGUAGUGUUGACAUUGACGCGCCAGCCGGCAUUAUCACCGCCCAAAUGCCUAAGUAUGAUUUCAUUGUAUUGGAUGUGGUGCAUGAAAAUGCCACUGCCAACAAUAAUAACCACAAUAAUAAAGACAAUAGCAUAGCCACGAAUGCGGCUAUAGUUGACUUCAAUGGUAGUGUUAAUGCUGACACCAAUUCGGCGGACACGGCGGAUGCGGUAUCAACAGCAUCAAUUGACUCAAUCAAAUGGCGCCCACUGUUGAUUCUAGAGCAGCACGAGAUCAAUUCCAACACUUAUAUUACACAUUCCAUACAGCCGGGUUACGACGAAUGGCUGCUGGUGAGCACGGCACAGCUUUGGCAAUGCGGCGCUAUCUGUUGGACAAUUGUGGCGAUUUGCAUUGGAUUGCUUUUGAUUAUUAUGGCCGCAAGCGUGGCUGCCGGCAUAGCAAUGAGGAAUUACUUUCUACGUAAGCGCCUCUCGAAAGGACCCAACAAAAUCGUACUCUCCGCUGAUGACUUUGUCUUUCCAGUCGACUCACGCAGGGUCGAUGAGGGCAUCGAAGCGAUGCUCUGCUGUUGGCUACAACAACUACAAGAGUUCGGCGGCCCCGAAGUCGACAAGCCUGAUUUGCUUAAAGGUUCAAUCGGUUCGCUAAAAAAUCUUGGCUUAAUUAUACCGGGCGUCGGCACAGCCACUGGAGGAGCAGCCACAGCGAAUGGUGCUAAAGGUACGUCAGGCACAAAUAGCUUAGCGCGUCAUAAUCCGGCGCUCCUAGAUAUGCGGGCGCGCUACAAUGGCGAUUUGGUACAACUGAAAGAAAUACCCUUGAAUGGCUCGGCUGAGUUGAAGGCCAAAGCAAUGGAUCUGUUGGUGGCAGCGCACGGCAUGCGACACGAGAACAUUAACCCCUUAAUUGGUUGGCUCUCCGAUCCCAAUCGCACAGCCAUGGUGUUCGAUUACUGUUCACGCGGUUCGCUGCAGGAUGUGCUCAUCAUGGACGAAAUCAAAUUGGAUUGGAGUUUUCGUCUCAGUUUGUUAACGGAUUUGGUGCGCGGCAUGCGCUACCUGCACGCCUCAACCCUACGCGUGCAUGGCACAUUAACGUCGCGUAAUUGUGUUGUGGACGCACGUUGGGUACUGAAAAUCACCGAUUAUGGUCUACCAUCAUUCUAUGAGGCGCAGAAUCUUCUGCCACUCACACGAACAGCUAAAGAACUAUUGUGGACUGCGCCGGAAUUGUUACGUUCAAUGAAAACUCAUCAUCAACACCAUGGUCGCGUACUGGGCACACAAAUGGGUGACGUCUAUUCCUUUGGCAUCAUCAUGCAGGAGGUCGUCGUACGCGGUGAGCCCUACUGUAUGUUGUCGCUAUCUCCGGACGAAAUAAUAGCGAAAAUUAAAAAGCCACCACCACUGAUACGGCCAUCCGUUUCGAAGGGUGCUGCACCGCCAGAAGCCAUCAACAUUAUGCGUCAGUGCUGGGCUGAACAGCCGGACAUGCGGCCCGACUUUAAUUCCGUUUACGAACGCUUUAAAAUGCUCAAUCACGGGCGGAAGGUGAACUUCGUUGACACAAUGUUUCAAAUGCUGGAAAAGUAUUCGAAUAAUUUGGAGGAGCUGAUACGUGAGCGCACAGAUCAAUUGGACAUCGAGAGAAAAAAAACGGAACAAUUAUUAAAUCGCAUGUUGCCAAGUUCGGUCGCGGAAAAAUUGAAAAUGGGCUUGGCCGUCGAACCGGAAGAGUUUUCCGAUGUCACAAUCUAUUUUAGCGACAUUGUUGGUUUUACAACGAUUGCUGCACACUGUAGUCCCGUACAAGUUGUGGACCUGCUAAAUGAUCUAUACACAAUUUUCGAUGCCACCAUCAACGCCUACAAUGUAUACAAGGUGGAAACCAUUGGCGAUGCUUACAUGGUUGUUAGUGGCUUACCGGUGAAAAUACCCGAUCAUGCGGAACAAAUUGCCACAAUGGCAUUGGAUCUGCUACACCAAAGUGGUCGUUUCAAUGUGAAGCAUUUACCUGGUGUACCGUUGCAAUUACGAAUAGGUUUGCAUACAGGUCCCUGUUGUGCAGGCGUGGUGGGAUUAACAAUGCCGCGUUACUGUCUCUUCGGCGAUACAGUGAAUACAGCAUCGCGUAUGGAAUCAACGGGUUCCUCUUGGCGCAUACACAUGUCACAGGAAACACGUGAUCGCUUGGAAGCACGAGGCGGUUAUACGAUAGAACAGCGUGGUUUAAUUGAAAUUAAGGGAAAAGGAAUGAUGAAUACCUUUUGGCUGUUAGGGAAGAAAGGUUUUGAUAAACCGUUGCCUGCCCCACCGCCAAUUGGUGAAUCCCACGGUCUAGAUGAGUCCCUCAUCCGCAAUUCGAUCACACUCAAAGCACAAGCGAACAAAUCACGGAACAGCACCAAUCCCUCCUCAAGUCAAUCUUCCUCGCUGGCUGGCGAAUCAGUCGAAGUGAAAGUGGAGAUUACGCCACCCACCAAUGCGGACGUUUGCUCGUCAAACUUGCCGAACUCAUACUCUUUGGACUCCACUUCUACGAACACAAUCAGUCCGAAUGUCACAUUAUGUCCUGAUUUCCCCGCGAAGACACCUAACGCCAGCCCGCAAUCACGCAAAAUGUCUGAACUUUCACCUGAGAAUUUGCUCACACCGGGCACUUUUAAUCGUCUGCCUAGCUCGGCAGGUGGUUCUUCAUCGCGCCUCUAUAAAAAAAUUGAAGAGAUGAUGGAUCUCAGUUCACCGUACAAUCAUUACAAAUGUCUCAGUCCCAGUGAAAGUAAUCUCACACAAUUCUACGAUGGUAAAUAUUUGUAUAGCGGUGGUGCUGUUUGUAGCGCCGUUGGUGGCGGCACCGGCUCUGGCGGUGGUAGCGUACACAGCAGUAGUGUUAAAUUCGAUUCGAAACCUGGCUCAAGUCGUCUAUUACGGCGACAAUUCAGUCUCGAUCGCGAUGACACGCAAGCAAAAUCGGAACAUCAUCAUCACCAUCAGCAUCACCAAAGCUCUUUGCAGGGUUCAUUUGCUAUGACGCUCAUGAAUAAGUCCUCAAUGUUGGAUAUACCGAUAUUACAUGAAACCUCGCGUAGUCCGAAAGGCACAUUGACACGUGCGCACAAACAGAACUCCACUUCGAUCGCACAAGAUCUGGAGAAAAUCGAGGAGAUACCACUUUCGCCUGCAUCCUCACAACAUCACAGCAGCUUGGACAGCAAUUUGAAUCGCAGCCCACCCUCUACGGUAGAGGCACAAACACCGCCAACUAAUGCCACAUUAGCGGCUGCAUUGCUGUCGGCGCCUACCUCGCCAGCACCAUCGCGCACCUUAAACGGCGUGGGUUAUAAUAUGAGCGGCGGUGGCGGCGCUGUAACAGAAAGUCCCACCACCGAUGCCUCGACAGCAACAACAACGGCUUCAGUUAAUUCGAACAAUACGACUCCGGGGGAGGACAGUGGAAUUCGACGCAAUGAAUUGACAUUAAAUGUAGAGACAUUACUUAGCAGGUAGGACACGGUUUAAGGCGUUCAGAUAUGAUUUCUAAGAAUGGUUGUGUGGCUCGUUACCAUGGAAUAUGGGUUAAACCAUAAGCAAAUAGUGUUAAGCACUUAAAAUGCUUAUGAUUGGAAGACAUUUUGAGCAUUUUUUUUUUAAUAUUAAAUUUUCGAAAUUUUUGUUGUGGAUCAAAACCUACGUUGAAUGCAGUACAAAUCCGUUAGAAUUCAUAACCAAUGUGAUUUUUAUUAAGUAUUGUAAUAGUAUUGUAUUUAUGGAAAUUUUAUUUGUGUAAGUAAUGAUUAUGGGAGGAUUGAUAUGUACACUUUUUCUGUGUGCCAUCUUAUAUAAAAACUUAUGUUAUAGGACAGGUCCUUUCAAAAGGUAUUUUUCAGUAAGGGUGAGCUCAUAUGAAGAUGAAAGUGAUAUAAGAAGAUAUAUUUGACAUAUGUCACUUUGACAUUGACUGCAGGUUCCAGCAGAAAAUAUGUGUUUAUAUACUUGUAUAUUUACGGAACAAAGUGAAUCACUGCAAAUGUUGGAGGCUCCAAUAAAUAUAUGCUUACGAGUAUAUAAAUGAUCCACGUGAUGAGCUGAGUCGAUUUAGUCAUGUUCGUCUAUCUAUCCGUCUAUAUACGAGUAUAUGCGAACUGGUCCCCAGUUUUUGAAAUAUGGACCUGAAAUUUUGCACAGGUGCUUUACUAACCAACUUACUCGCUGCAGAUUUGUCAGAACCACCGAUAUAGGACCACUAUGGCGUAUAGCUGCAAUACGAACUAAUCGAUCCAAAACAAGUUUUUUGUAUGAAAAUCUCUUUUUAUUUCAAAAGGGACGAUACCAAAAUGUUGCACGUUUUAUUAAUCAAGGUAUCGCUGCAUUCUGCGAAAAUAGUUUUCAGAUCAAACUAUUAUAUAUAUAUACAAACAAUACUUUAGCCUGAAACUGAACGAUCUAACUUUAGUCAUUAUAAGGAAAACAUUUUUAUUUAACAAGGUAUCGUCACUGAUCAUAAUAAAUAAAAAAAAGGUUUUUAUAGCCCUUUAUGCUAUAAAAAAAUGCGCCUGUGAAGGGUAUUAUAACUUCGAAGCAGCUGAAGUUAACGUUUGUACUUGUUUUGAACCAUUUUGCUCGAAUAUUAGAAGAGAUUUAGAAAGAGUUUGAAAAGCUGACAUCACAAAUGAUCGGUGAGAGGUCAAGUGUACUAUCGGCCCAAUUUUAAGUGCUACUGAAAACGACAUUUAAUUGAAAAAUGAGUAUUACAAAUAUUUGCGGCCGGUUCUACGGUAUUUUCUAUUUUUAUAUGAAGAACUUUAGUGAGCUUUAUCGCUUCUAUUAGUAAAGAAAAGUCACAAAUCUUAUAAUGGAAAAUUCAGUGCUUCAAUAAUGAUUUUUGCAAAAAAAUUUAUGUAAUAUAUUUAUUUUUGAAUGUUUUUAUAGCAUUGUAACAUUUAUUACAAAAAAGUUUGAGAAAAUCUCGACUUUAAACAGUUAUUUUUUAAGAGACAAUCGUUGUUACUACAUAAACCUAAUAAUUGUAAUGUAAUCUGUAGUUAUAUAUAAUAUAAAAAUGUAGUCUGAAAACUUAGAGAAACAGUAAUUAUAUAGCAUAUUAAGUAUAUAUAGAUAUAUAUACGAUGCAUGCAAACAUAUGCAUUACUUUAUAUGUAUGUAUAUGGUAAGAGGGACGUGUGUGUUAUGUUUGCAUAAGAAAUGUGAAAAAGCUCAAAAGAACGCUUGCCAAUUAAAACUACAUUUGGAUAUAUAUAUAAAAAAUAUGUAUAGUAAAUUAUAUAUGGAAUGAAGCUUUGUAAUUGUUGUACUAAAGAUAAAAUUGGUGUUGAAGAACAACAGCACAAUGGCUAAUUUCGCAGUAUUUGAGGUGUGUUGUAAAGCUUUUGAGAAUGUAAUGCCAAAGAUGUAACUGAGAAUACCUAAAACGGUACAAACUUACUAGAUAAAGGAAACAGAAACUUAUUUACAUACAAACAAUAUCAAAAAAAUU